AUAACGCGAACAAAUUAUAUAUAUCAGUGGACAGACGUCGCGGGCACAGAUACACGGUGUAAUCUCAAAAAAAUUAUCUCUACGUUUUCGUAUGACCUAAAUAUAAUUUUCCGAACGCUUCCCGUGAAUUUUCGUUUCUACCGGCCGAGUAUAAAUCUUCAAAAAAUGGACGUGGACAACGACCCGCUGGACCAAAACCUCUUGCGCCAAUUCAACUGUCUGUGCACGACGGACAAGGAAAAUCUUGUUAAGGGUUUGCGAGAGCUGAUUGGUGACCAGCUAACGGAGUCCGCGGCAGUAUUCUUCCUUGAGAUGAACGACUGGAACAUGCAUAGGGCUGUCGGCACGUAUUUUGACGUUAACAAUGAAGGUGCAAUACCGUCCAUGUCUUUGGUUAGGGAUGAAAACAGUGAAAAUGUCCUGCAGUUGCCACCAAACCUACGGUUUACAAAAUCCUGGGAAGUCAAGAACAAUGGUCGCAUCAAGUGGCCUCCCGGUUGUACUCUUCAGUUCAAUGGAGGAGACUCUAUUUCUGUUUACACUUCGUUGCCAACAACAACACUUGAACCUGGGUGUACCAUGACACUGAGCACUGAUUUUAUAACACCUUCUAAACCUGGAUCAUACCAAUCUAAAUGGCGUAUGAUGCUGCCAACAGGAACAUAUUUUGGAGAUACCAUUUGGACUUUAGUCCAGGUAGAAGACAAUGAUUCAUUUCAAAAUGAAUUAUCGAGACAAUUGGUCGAAAGCAUUAAUUUGGGUUCUCCAAUGCAAGAUCAACCAAACGCUUUAAAUCCCUUUUCUACAUCACAACAAAACCAACCGACAAAUCAAGACACUGAUACUCAAUCCAAUAUGGAAAGUGAUAUAUUGUGAUUAUAAAUUUGGUUAUUUGAGACUCAACUUGUUACAUUAUUGAACAUUGAAUAUGAUAAUUUUAAAUUUUGUUAUAAACAUUAUUUUAAUAAUACAUAGUUUUAAUUAAACCUUAAAAUUACACAGUAGUAAUUUAAAGGUUGAAAUAAAAUUACGAUUUCAAUAUAAAAUUAGUAAGUAAGAAAUCUAUUUGAUAUAUAUUUUUUUUUGUCAUAAAUGAAAUUAUUUUGCAAAAUCCAAGUUGCAUUAUGUCAUGAUCAGGUGUCUGUUAUAUAAAUUGUACAGUUUAUAUUUUAUUGUUUUAUCAUGACAAUAUAUAUUUUUUGUUACAUAACUAACUAGUUCUGUAAGUAAAACUAGUUUUAUUAAAUAUAAUAAGACAUUUUUCAAAAAAAUUGAAAUGUUUCACAUA